AUGGCUGAAGCUCGCGUCUUCACAUUACGGCCGCUGCCAAAACCACACCGAAGCGACCUCCGCGAUUCCUUCCGCAUAUACCUGUCCGCCAGCUCCUUAGCAUAUCUCAAACUGUCACCCGGCAGUCUCUGUACUCUCCGCUCAGAGGGAGGAAUUGAAAAGACCGCUGUUGCUUGGAAUGCUGUCGGAGAUAUUAAAACAACCGUUGUUCAAGCGUCAAGCAUCUUGCAAGAAUGCUAUUGUAUCAAACUUGGCGAAAAGCUCACCAUCUCCAAGCUAGACGGAUCGCUCAACGAAACAGACAGGGUGCAGCUUGAAGAAUGCACUCAUCCGGAUAAGCUAGUAAUUUACGGACCUCUAUCUGAUGCUACGGAAUUAGCUCAUUGGGAAUGGGCUUUGGAAUAUCCUCUAUCACAAUGUGGCAUCCUUUCAGUCGGCCUUGGGUUUGAAGCUGAGAUCAAGGGCCAGUGUAGGAGUUUCAAGGUUGUUGAGAUCUCUACGUCCAAUCCCACCGACCAGACGAUAUCCCUCUUCACCAAGCGUUCGCGCGUACAGAUUGGCACUGGGCCAAAAGAAGAUAAGGGGUUUGCUACUCUUAAGGUUGUUCAGGAUGGAUUGGGUGGACUCACAGAUCAGAUAAUUCGGUUAAACCAUCUGUUGGUAGACUUCAACUUGCGAGCUCACGGGGCAGAUAUGCCGCGAUUUUAUAGGUUAAAUCGAGGCAUUCUUAUUCACGGACCAAAGGGUACGGGAAAAAGUUCACUGUUGCGCAGGAUUGAAUCAGCUGGCUGGCACAGAACCUUCUCGAUUCGGUCAAAUAUACUUUCUCGCAAUUCAGGUGACGGGGAGGCAAAAUUGAGCAAGAUUUUUAAAGAUGCUUCUCGGGCGGAGCCUAGUGUAAUUAUCAUCGAUCAGAUUGACUCUCUGGCCCCAAAACGAUCGUCUCCAGAGGCUUCAUCUUUAGCUCAUGCUUUAUGUGAGAGUAUAGAUGCGCUGGAAGAUGCCAAAGUGCUUGUCGUAGCAGCAACGCGCCAUCCCAAUGAUAUUGAUGAUUCACUUAGGACACCCCACCGGCUUUCAGUCGAAGUUGAGGUAUCAAUCCCAACAGCUGCGUCUAGAAAGGAGAUCCUAUGUGCAAUACGUGACCGGUCAUCAGAGCCUAGCGACUCUAUUAUAGACUUUAUGGCCGAGAAAACUCAUGGAUAUGUUGGGGCCGAUCUAUUUGCCCUCCUGCAAAUGACAUGCCGCAAAGCCCGGGAUCGGCUGAUUCCUAAUAUCGAGUCCCCGAGCCUGGAUGUUCCUAUGGUUGAUGAGGUCUCCAAAGAAAAGAAUUCAGCUUGGCUAAUUGUAAAUGAGGAUGAUGUUAUUGCAGCCAUGCAAGAAGUACGUCCCACAGCGAUGCGGGAGGUGUUCCUUGAGACUCCUAAAGUAAGGUGGAUGGAUAUCGGAGGACAGCAUGCGCUCAAGAAGCAUCUGCAGAAAAUGGUCGAGCGGCCAUUAAAGUUCCCCGAAAGGAUGCGAAGACUCAACGUGAAAAGCCGAAAGGGUAUCCUGCUCUACGGUCCACCAGGUUGUUCGAAGACACUUGUCGUGAAAGCUCUAGCUACCGAAGCUGGACUUAACUUUUUGGCCGUUAAAGGCGCUGAGAUUUUGAGCAUGUAUGUUGGAGAGUCGGAGCGGAAACUCCGGGAGAUUUUCCAGAAAGCCCGUUCUGCUAGGCCUAGCAUUCUUUUCUUUGACGAAAUAGAUGCCAUUGCAGCAAAGCGUACUAGCUCCAGUGGCGGCGUCAAUGUUCUCACAACACUCUUGAACGAAAUGGACGGCAUCGAAGAGCUUAAAAAUGUUUUGGUUGUAGCAGCGACCAAUAAGCCUGGCACUCUCGAUCCUGCUUUGAUGCGGCCAGGCCGUUUAGAUAAUAUUGUAUAUGUUGGCCCGCCGGACUACGAUUCGCGGAGAGAAAUAUUCUCAAUAUGGACAAGCAAGUCGGUUGUCAGUUCAGACUUGAGCAUUGAUGACCUUGCAGCCAGGACGGAGGGAUAUUCUGGUGCAGAAAUCAUCAGUCUAUGCGAAACCGCCGGCGAAGCGGCAUUGGACGAAGAAGAUGAAAAGAACGAGCCACAGGAGGUUAUGUGGCAUCAUUUUGAAAUCGCCUUCACUCGAGUCAAGACACAAUUGACACCCGAUAUUAUAGCGGAAUACGAGCAAUGGGCCGAGAAGUCUGCAUUAUGAUAGGAAAUGAUUGAUGAACCUGCCCAACAUAUUGACCUGAUGAGAACUUAGCUCGAGUGAUCUUGAGAGAUCCAAUGGCCCUUGGUCUGUCCCACUGUUUCUGAUAGUCAGCCAUGCGGGAAUACAUCAGGAUU